UCACCCUUUUCGUUCUAGUUACAGUAAGCACAGUAAGCACCCAGUUCGGGUUAGCGCCUAAUCGAGGACAUGUCUGCCUAGCUCGGCUGCUGAGCACAGCAUUCUAAUUCUUGUCCAGCCGCUAUGGCGCAGGCAGGGCUUCACAGCGCUGAGUGGUGGGUGCCCCAGGCUGAGCUCCUCGAGAUAGCAUCGUUCAUCCUACGGCGGGGUUUCUCAAGGGUGGCGCUGCAGUUUCCGGACGAGCUUCUCGCCGCUUCCCCAGACGUCGCCGCCGCUAUCACAUCAGCAUGCAAUUCGCCAACCACGUCAAAUCGACCUUUCACCCCUCCCGCAAACUACACAAACCCCCCCUCACAACCACCACCAAACCCAGCUCUUAACCCCGCAUCAACCCAACAAAGCACGCCUGCACCCCCCAAACCCCCACUUAACCAAGAUUCCACUCCUUCUGAUCAUGCACCAAGUCACUCUGAACAAGGCCCCACUCAGAACGGGGCCGAGCAGAAUAAAAUAGUCACUGAGUCAAAAGGCCCUGUCAGAGUGUUUGUGCUGGCGGAUACAACUUACGGCAGCUGCUGCGUGGAUGAGGUGGCGGCCGCUCAUGCGGACGCGCAAUGUGUUGUACACUUCGGACGCGCAUGCCUCAGCCCCACGUCUCGGCUACCUGUCCGGUUUGUCUUUGGCGCUGCUCCGAUAGACGUCGACGACUGUAGCGCCCACUUGCGCAGCCUGGCGGAAAAAACCGGCAAGCCGUUGCUGGUCCUGUUCGGUUUAGAGUACGCCCACGCCAUCCCCCCGCUAAGGGCAGCGCUGGAACGCUCGGGACUCGCGGACAUCCGCUUCGCGGACCUGCCGCCCGUCGAACUCGAGCCGGCGUCCGGUUCGGGGCCCUGUGAGGCGCAGGGUGGGGCGUCGAGUGGGGCGCAGUCGCCUAGCGGAGGAGACCGGGGAGGUGCAGACAAGGCCUCCGUUCCCAGCCAAAGUAGGGGUACGGAAACCGGUCAGUCGGACGAAGCAACACGAACACGUACUACGGGCGGGAAAGAUGAACCAGAGUUUAACGAAGGCGCACUCGGGGGUGAGAACGACUCCGUUUCUGAGGGUGAUGCAAAGGCAGAGCGGGUCCGAUUCUCGACGCAAGCGGAGAGCAGCGGAGCGGAGCAGGAGUUCCGGUCGGGCGGGCUGACGUGGCACUUGUACGGAACCGAACGGAUGUCGGACUUUGAGAUCGUGUGGGUCGGGAGCGAGGGUCCCGCGCUGACUGACGUCAUGCUGACGCACAAUGGGUGCCAGGUGGCGCGAUAUGACCCGGAUACGAGGAAGCUUCUGACGGACGUGUCGGACAACAGCCGGUUUUUGAGACGGAGGUACUAUCUAGUCGAGCGCGCCAAGAACGCGGCCAUCGUGGGCAUCGUAGUCGGCACGCUCAGCUCCGCGGGGUUCCGUGACGUCAUCAAACGGCUGCGCCACGUCAUAGCGGCGGCGGGCAAAAAGUCGUACACGUUUGUCAUGGGGAAACCUAACCCGGCCAAGCUGGCGAACUUCCCAGAGUGCGAGGUGUUUGUGCUGGUCGCCUGCCCGCAAACUGCGCUCUUAGAUAGUAAAGAGUAUUUGUCCCCGGUGAUUACGCCCUUUGAGGCGGAGCUGGCGUUUGUGGAGAAACGGGUUUGGACGGGGGAGUAUCGGCUGGACUACGGCGGUCUAGCGACGGGAAACGGGUUACAAAACGGGUUAGGAUCGGAGGGAAAAGGGGAUGGAGAGGAUGAUUCAGAAGAAGACGAGCCGCGGUUCUCGUUGAUAAGCGGUACGUACGAACCGGGGGGUGUCCAGGAAGUGACACCGGAAGCAGAGGGAUCGUCGGCGCUUGCGGUGGUUGGAAAUGGUGUCAAGGAUUUGCAAGUAAGAGGGGAGGCUGGCGCCUUGACGCUGGCUGGCGAGAGAAGGCAGCAGAGCGCGGCAAAGACAGGGGCGGAAUAUCUGGUGUCAAAGAGGACGUAUCAGGGGCUGACUGUGCCGCAGCAUAUGCUCGACGAAGGCGGAGUGACACAGUUGAUGGAAAAGACGCCGGUAGUGCCAGCUGUCAAGGGACGGUCAGGCAGAGCCGCUAGAUAUGCGGACGAAAGGUGACGCUAGCCCCGCUCUUUGGUGAAGCGGAUUCUCGCUUGCGCUGUUGGCGUUAAAAGAUGACCUUGCUAUACUGCCUACCGUUCGUCAAUCAUAGUGUAUGCUCAGCCGCUUGCCAAGUUGUGUCAAGUCGUGAGCGAACAACGAUCCUCGGAGAGUGACCAUGGAUUCUUACGCAGUGCACGAGGAUCAAGCAGAUUGCGCGCUUUGUAUAUUUUGCUGAUCGUAGGCGC